AUGAUGAACCCGUAUGAAGCGGACCCGGAAAAAAUACCCGUAACUGAUAUGUACGCGGAUGUGCCCUUUUAUGGUCGAUACUACCCGAAAGCUAAUGACUUUCGCGUCGACUUCCAGCAUGUCUACUCCCAGACCACAGAGUCAGUGAAAUACUGGGCUUCAGUCGUUGAAUUCUGUACUGAGGAGAUCCGAAUUUAUCCGGCUGAAGAAGGCGGCCGCGACGUAUUUGCUCUAGGUAGCGUGAUCGUGAAGUCUAGCCAUCUCCACGCCCGAGAUGGGGCUCAAUGCACGGAGAUUGACUUCUCAUACGCUGAUUCUAAUGAGAUUCGGGCAAUCGCUCUGGCAAAGACCGUCUUGAAGGACGUUAAGGUUCCAGAAAUCUACUUUGCUGGCAAGAUCAAUGGUCGUCAAGUACUCGUCCAAGAAAGGCUUCCAGGUGUUGGACUGUCUGUCGCAUGGCCUUACCUCUCAACAGAACAAAGGAAGUCCUACAAAAAACAAGCCAGGAAGAUUCUCCAUCAACUUCACACCAUCAAGCCAACAGAUAAACUUCAAAGUCGCACUCACGUCGUACCGGACCCCAACAUACUGAUCAACGGUCGGAUAAAUCCGUUAGAAGGGGCCAUCCUCUUUUCGAGCACCAAUUGUGAUCCAGAUAUGAGCUUUAUGCACAACGAUUUGACUGAGUCAAACUGUAUAGUGGACAACGGCGCAGUGGUGGGGCUGGUAGAUUGGGAAAUGGCUGGUUUCUUUGGCUGGAAGACUGCUGGAGAGGUCCACCGUCGCAUCAGAACCCCACAGCGAGAGCAUUUUGUGAAUGCAAAUCUGAGUGAGGAACAGCUUCAGAGUAUGAUGUUCUGGAAAGACCUAUAUGAUGAGUAUGAUGCAUCAGUAAACUGA